AUCCCCUCACGCACUUCACCGCCAUGUCGCUUUACAGUAUCCUCAUAUCCAACAUGCUCCCCAACCACACGCCUCCAUUCGACCACGACCUCCAGAACCCCGGCUCUGACUAUCCAUCUCUGCCGUCAUAUAGCGGUACAGUCUAUACUAGCGACGACCUGUCCCAUGUGGGAUUUAGUUCGCAUAUUGAUCCAUUCGCGAGUACCGCCGGCCCUCUGCCUAUCUCAGGCGCAGGCCCGUAUGUCAACCCAACUUCAGCAUCGACAUGGACGCAAGGCCAAGGCUACCUACCUUAUGGCAACGACCAGCAGACGCAGCUAGCCCCGUCUGCAUCGGUGCCAGCGCAUCAGUGGCAAUUACCUACUGGCAGUUAUCCCGCGGCGCAUCAAGACGAACUUCAAGUAUACGGUCAAACAUUUGCUCCAGGUCACCUAAUGCAGUCACCGAGUACUAACAUGGCCUACCAUGGGGUAACCAGCAUGCCCGCAGUGCAUAGUACAAUUCCUGCGCAAUACCCUACAGAGAUUGCGAUUGGUCCCUCGCACCCUGCGCAAUGGGAUACAACCAUGAUGAACUCGUCUUCUGGUGGUGCUAUCGGUCUGCAGCAGAGAACGUACCCAGGUGCCCCACAGCAAGGGUCGUACUCGAAUUCCCAGACGAGUAGCCUUCACAGCUCCAGACAGCCAGCCGUCUCGGGACAACGUCGACCUUCGCCAACUCAACCCACAACCCCAGUCUCACGAAGAAGCCCAGCUGACAGUCAUCGGUCCGGACAUACGCCAGAACCUCGACCAUCCUCAUCUCGCACUCCGCGGAGCUCGUCACAGACACCGUGCUGCUGGGGAGGCUUCUGUGGGACGUCUCUGAACACGCUCCCCAUCGCGGCCAUUUCACACCACCUGAAGGAGGCCCACAUAGAUCGACAUACUGGGACGGGCGUGCGCGCGUCGUCUGUCAAUGGACCAGCGGAGGUGCCCCUUGUGGUAUGGAGAUGUACUACGACAACGUCGGCAAGCACAUCGCGGCGUCCACCUGGGGAGCACCGCGCUCGCCUGUCCCUAUUGCGACAAGACGUUCUCCAGAGGCGACUCCUUGUGUCGUCAUGUCCGAGAGGCUUGCCGCCAUGCAUCGUAGUCCUCCGCACAUUGCACCAAUAGGCAUCGAGGAAGCGUCACGCUCGCUUCCGGAUGGCCUCCAUCUAGCGCCACCAUAGCUAGAUUGUACUCAUCGCCGCGGUGGGACUUCGUAUAGUAAUGGCCUGUUUUGGUCAAAGUCCGGGACUUGCUCGUUGGUUGUAGUAGAUAGUGUGUAUACGUAGAAAGCACGUCUUCUCGACGAACUUCGUUGAUAAUAACUUCAUGCGGCCUCCACAACUCGACUGUCGCCCAUUGCGGCACGGCGUCUCAUUGCCACAAGACCGUGACAUGCACAGACACUGGCAGUUCAUGUUGAGCAGCGCGCGAGGCCUCCACAUCAGCAGAGCCACACUGAGAAACGAGGGGUGUCCGUCACUACGAUGCGAUAGGCCUCGGUAGACAGUGCAUGCCGAGGUUUGC